AUGGAGCUCCUCUCGUCGCCUCCGCCGCCGCUGCCCCCCUCCUCCCCCUGCAGCCGUCCAGGUAAAGCUACUCUUCAGAAGUAUUUCCAUGCGGGAGCAACAAGAAAAUCUCGAAGAUUGAAAGAAGCCAAUAGAAGGGCGACCUGCAGGGCUGCAGAGAUCCAUAGCACUGAACAAGCAAAGUGCAGGGAACCGCUAAGGCGCGGCACGGUCAGUCCACGCCUCCCGGUGCCCGAUCACAUCCCUCGGCCACCUUAUGAUGGUACUGAUCGUCUGCCGGAUGUGAAUCCUGAUCGUCAAAUGCAUGACAGCAAGAGCAUUGUUCAUAUGAGAGCUGCAUGUGAGCUUGCUGCCCGGGUUCUUCAGUAUGCAGGAACACUGGUGAAGCCUUCGGUGACGACAGAUGAAAUCGACAGGGCAGUUCAUCAGAUGAUUGUCGAUGCCGGUGCCUACCCGUCUCCCCUUGGAUAUGGCGGGUUCCCAAAGAGCGUCUGCACAUCAGUGAACGAGUGCAUCUGCCAUGGAAUUCCUGAUUCACGCGUGCUGCAGGAUGGAGACAUAAUCAACAUUGAUGUUACUGUUUACUUGAAUGGAUACCAUGGUGACACCUCAAGAACAUAUCUAUGUGGAGAAGUUGAUGAACCUAGCAAGCAGCUUGUAAAGGUCACUGAAGAGUGCAUGCUCAGGGGCAUAUCAGCCUGCAAACAUGGUGCUAGCUUUAAGACAAUUGGAGAGAGAAUAAGUGAGAAUGUGAACAAGUACGGCUACAGUGUUGAUCCUUUUGUUGGGCACGGAGUUGGGACAAUCUUCCAUUCAGAACCCAUCAUAUGGCACACCUAUGAUUACGAGCCAGGGUUCAUGGUUGCAGGCCAGACAUUCACAAUAGAGCCUACCCUCUCCAUGGGUACCACGCGGUGCGAGGUGUGGGAUGACGGCUGGACCGCCAUCACGGUGGACGGCAGCCUCAAUGCACAGUUUGAGCAUACGGUUUUGGUCACAAUCGACGGCGCAGAGAUUCUCACGAAGUGUUAA